GGGCUCCCCUCGGUGUCUCGGGGGGCAGCCCCUCGGCGCGUUUGCAUGGCGCUGGGUGCUGCAAGAGGAGCGUGCCCGGGGAUGGCCCUUCGUGGCUUGUCGCCCCGCUGUGCAGCACAGCGCCCGUCGCCAAAACAGGUAGAGUUGCCACCUGAAGCUACAUCUGUAGGGGGCUAAGGGACGCGUGGUGUGUCGUCAUCUGGUUCAUCUGUACAUCUACACUCAUCUGACAAGAUGGUGUUUCUGAAACCACCCGAUGGUGGCUGGGGCUGGGUGAUUGUUGUCGUUUCCUUCUUUACUCAGUUCUUAUGUUAUGGAUCACCACUGGCUGUUGGAGUCUUGUAUUUAGAAUGGCUGGAUGCUUUUGGAGAAGGGAAAGGGAAGACUGCUUGGGUUGGAUCACUAGCAAAUGGAAUCGGAUUGCUUGCCAGUCCUGUCUGCAGCAUAUGCGUAUCAUCUUUUGGAGCAAGACCAGUAGCAAUCUUCAGUGGCUUUAUGGUGGCUGGUGGCCUUAUGAUGAGUAGUUUUGCACCUAACAUAUACUUCCUGUAUCUUUCAUACGGGAUUGUUGUUGGGCUUGGAUGUGGCCUUUUGUAUACUGCAACGGUUACCAUCACUUGCCAGUAUUUUGACAAACGCAGAGGCCUUGCACUUGGUCUGAUUUCAACAGGCUCAAGUGUUGGACUUUUUAUAUAUGCGGCAUUGCAAAGAGAGCUUAUUGACCUGUAUGGACUGGAUGGUUGUUUGCUAAUAGUUGGUGCACUGUCUCUAAAUAUAUUAGCAUGUGGCAGCCUAAUGAGACCAUUGGAGUCAUCAGAUUCCCCUUCACCAGAAAAAUCAUGUGUAGAUGAAGUCCCAGACCAAUGUUUUGUUUACCAUGAAAAAGAAAAGACUGUUGAAGAAAACAUAAGCAUCCUUGAAAAGGGCUGUAUUGCUGAGAAAUGCGUUAACAAUGUGCCUGAUUUCAAACAAGAUAACAUUAUAAAUAAGAAUGUAUUAAGCUCAAUAAAUGUAAAUGAGAAAGACACUUAUAAAAAGAAAGUCGUGGAACAGACAAACUUCUGCAAGCAACUUGCCAAAAGAAAGUGGCAGCUCUAUUUGAACUACUGGGAGGAAACCAUUGUUCUUUUUAAGAACAAAGUAUUUUCAGCUCUCUUUGUUGCCAUCUUGCUCUUUGAUAUUGGUGGAUUUCCUCCUUCCCUCCUCAUGGAAGAUGUAGCAAGAAGUGCAAACAUUGAUGAAGAAGACUAUCAUAUGCCCCUUAUUUCCAUUAUAGGCAUUAUGACUGCAGUUGGCAAACUUAUUUUAGGAAUACUGGCAGAUUUUAAGUGGAUUAACACUUUAUAUCUAUAUGUAAUCACCUUACUAAUGACAGGAGUGGCCUUGUUUGCAAUUCCAUUUGCCAAAAGUUACCUUACACUAGCAAUGCUUUCUGGGAUUUUGGGUUUUCUGACUGGGAACUGGUCAAUUUUUCCAUAUGUAACAACGAAGACUGUGGGAAUUGAGAAACUGACUCAUGCAUAUGGGAUAUUGAUGUUCUUUGCUGGACUUGGGAAUAGCCUCGGACCACCAAUUGUAGGUUGGUUUUAUGAUUGGACACAAGAGUAUGACACUGCAUUCUACUUCAGUGGCUUUUGUGUUUUACUGGGAGGAUUUCUUCUGCUGUUGGCAGCACUACCCUGCUGGAAUGCCUGUACCACGCAGAGCUCAAAGCUGCCUCCAAAUACUUACUCCUACAAAGUUGCAUCUAGUGCUUAGGUGACAACUGGAAAACACUUCAUGCUUUUUUUAUAUUAUAGAGCAAAGUAUUUUAGUAAUUUUCCACUUAUUUAUGAAGUCCAAAAAUCCUCAUCCACUAGAAAAAUUCCAUUGCUGUUGGUGUUCCUUUUUUUCUUCCGUUUUUUCUUUUUUUAAGAACAGUCUUAUUAUGUCUACUAUGCACUGUGUUUUCAGCCUUUGUCUACUGUAAUUUCCUUUCGCCUGUAAUGGGUAUAUUCUGCUGUAUUAUCAGCUGUACUGUUUUUUAUAAGGGUUGGGUGGUGUGGAGGGGUGAAGACUUUGAAGCAAAAAUGAAGGCCUGUUUCUUGUCCAAGAAGGUUCGCAUUUCUGUCACCUUUUAUAGGUCUCCAAGUUGCACAAUCAGACUUUACAAAACAUUAAUUUGCCUUAUGAGAAUGUAAUGCUGUGGCAAGGUGCUUAUAACAACGUGUUUAGAUUAACUUUUUGGACUUUUUAAUGUUUCUCCAAUUUUACGAUGAAGUGCCAAUUGGAGAGGGGAAGAAGAGGGAGAACAAAACCAACCUUGUGUUGUGUAGCUGAACUUCAUGAUGGAAGUAAAGAUUCUUACUACCACUGCAACUAAGAACUGUUUAUAAAUAUUGCACAUUUUGUGAAGUCUGUUUAUAACACUGUUGAACCAAAAUCUUUUAAACCAAGGAAUAAAUAUGAUUGUUGAAACCA